GAGAAGAGAGAAGAGGGUUUCAUUUCUCCAUUCCCCGUCUGCUUUAUGUCUGGGGCUGAUAGCUAUCUCAUUCCUUGAGAUAUUUAUAUAUUUUUUCUACUUUAAGGGAAGUUUUGCUCUAAAAUGUCACACAAGUGGGCUUUUUAAUGAAGGAGAGGACGGAGGAAAAUAGCAGCUCCAGCAGGAAAAUGGUUCCAGUCAAGCUACUCAUUCUGGGAGCUCAAAACACAGGAAAAACAGCCCUGUGCGUGCGUUUCAUAACCAAACGCUUCAUAGGCGAGUACGACCGUAAAAAGGAGGUGACAUACAGGUGUAAUCGAGUGGUGGACCAGGACACUGUUGAUCUGGAGAUUUUGGAUGUACCUUGUAAGGAUGGCUCAGGGGCUUCCAUCGAGUCAUCCAUCUGCUGGGCUGACGGCUUCUUGUUGCUCUACUCCAUUACACAGCGCCUCAGCUUCCUGGAGGUCCCUCAACUCAAGACACUCAUCGACAAAACCAAACAGAGUCUCGUUGUUCCUACGGUGCUGGUGGCUAAUAAGGCCGAUCUGGAAAUUGGCAGAGAAGUAACAACAGAGGAAGGACAGAGGCUCGCCAAAGAUUUAAGGUGCUGUUUCAGGGAGCUGUCUGUGGCUGAGGCGGUGUUGGCGGUGGAGGCGGCAGUAUUCCAGCUCAUUAGGCUGGUGCUGGACCAGCAGCGCUCUCCUCCCGACCGGCGCUCCUACAUGCUCACCGUUCGCCAUGCUCUCACCAGGAAGCUGACCCGCUCAAAGACCAUGCAGUGGUGA